CUCAUUCUCCUCUCGUCCGAAGAAGCAAAAACCGCAGAGGUCGAGGCCAGGAUUGAAAGAUUGUCCAUGCUCAAUGGUGGGCAAAAAGUGGCCAUUAUGCUUCUACUAGACGGAAGCGGACGAGUGGACUCGUUGGUUCACUUACAGAUGAGUAUCUUGACGCAAGGCAUGGCCCAUGUCCCCAUCAUCCCCGUCUCCUCUACGGCGGAGCUAGUCACUCGCUUGGAUGCUUUACGACGUCAGUGUACAGCCAGCGUUCCCCGCCAAAGCCAUGCGCAGGAAUUGGCAGAGGUUCGGGCCCUCGCAUCGCAUUGUGUGCAUGGACGGGCACUUUCGCACGAACGCGUGAAUAUCUUGACGGACAUCUCGAGUGGGCUGGGGAGCUUGGCGCAGCUUGUGCUCAGUACGGAAGGGAGGAGGAAGCUUUGCGACUUGCUCGAAGACGAAGAGGGCAAUAGGGUGGUGGCAUUUUUUGUCCAU